AUGACCUUACGAUUUAAACCAGCUACUAACGGAGCCUUGUGGACCCGGAUCCUCAGCUCCCGCUCCUGCAGGAUUCUCCCCGUCGGCCUCGACGCCGCGGGGAGGACCACGAUCCUCUGCAAGCUGAAGUUGGGCCACGUCAUGUGCACGAUUCCCGCCGCCGGGCUUCAACAUGAGACCGUCGAGUGCGAGGGCGUCCGCCUCACGCCGUGGGACGUGGGCGGCCAGGCGAGGCUGCGGCCUCCGUGGAGGCUCUUCCGCCGGAGCUCCAGCGCCGUCGUCUACGCGGUGGGCAGCAGCGCCGGCGAGAGGCUGCAGGAGGCCAGGGAGGAGCUGGAGGCCGUGGUGAGUGCUGAGGAGGCGCCUUCGGCUCCCCUGCGGGUGGUGGCCAACCAGCGGGACCUUCCCGGGGCGCUGUACGUGCAGCAGGUGCGCGAGGGCCUCGACCUGCGGCGGCACGGCCGGCCCUGGCACGUGCAGCCCACGUGCGCCGCCUCCCUGGCUGGCCAGGGAGGCGGCCAAGUGAGGCUGGCCAGGGGGGUGGCCAAGUGA